UCUAAAGUCUUACUUUGAUUUACAUUCAGUUCUACUCUUUCACAUCAAAACCCACAUCGUUUAGCGAAACAAGGAACGUGAAUACGAUGAUGCAUAAAAUCUCUAUUCUAUCUCUACACUUACUAUUACUACUCUGUUUCCAUCCUCUCACCACCACAGCGGACGGUAAUUUCACCACCGGCAUUGAUACAUGGUGCGAUCAAACUCCAUACCCUGAUCCGUGCAAUCACUACUUCCGACGCCACAACGGUUAUCGCCUACCGACACAUCUAUCCGAGUUCAGGGCAAUGCUGGUGGAAGCAGCCAUGGAUCGGGCCAUAUCCGCUCAAGACAAGCUGAAGAUGUCCGGUCUGAACUGUACUGAUUGCCGGAAACAAGCCAUUUUGACAGACUGCAUUGACCUAUAUGGAGACACUGUCCUUCAGCUAAACAGGACGCUGCAAGGCUUGUCUCCAAAAGCCGCCGGAGAACCGUGCACCGACGUUGACGCUCAAACGUGGCUGAGCACCGCGCUUACAAACACAGAGACAUGCCGACGCGGCUCCUCUGAUCUUAACGUCUCAGAUUUCACCACACCAAUCGUUUCAAACACCAAGAUCUCCCACCUAAUAAGCAACUGCUUAGCCGUCAACGGAGCCCUCUUGACCACCGGAAACAACGAUACCACCAUCACUGAUGAUCCGAAGGUUUUUCCAGCAUGGGUUUCCCGUAAAGAGAGGAGACUUCUGAAAUUUCAAUCGGCACGUACCGUCCCAGCCAACGUCGUGGUGGCCAAGGACGGAUCGGGGCAUGUCAAGACUGUGCAAGCAGCUAUUGAACUGGCUGGACGGAGAAAGGUGACGUCAGGGUUGUUUGUGAUUUACGUGAAGAGAGGGAUAUAUCAAGAAAACAUAAACGUACGUCUCAAUAACGAUAACCUAAUGUUGGUCGGCGACGGAAUGAGAUACACCAUUAUCACCGGAGGUCGCAGUGUCAAAGAAGGCUACACAACUUAUAGUUCUGCCACUGCCGGUAUCGAGGGGCUUCACUUCAUAGCGAAAGGCAUAACAUUUCGGAACACAGCGGGUCCAGCUAAAGGCCAGGCCGUGGCACUCCGGUCAUCUUCAGACCUCUCAAUCUUUUACAGAUGCGCAAUGGAAGGAUACCAAGACACACUGAUGGUCCAUUCGCAACGCCAGUUUUACCGCGAGUGCUACAUCUUCGGAACCAUCGAUUUCAUCUUUGGAAAUGCAGCCGUAGUUUUCCAAAACUGUAUCAUCCUCCCUCGUCGGCCACUACAUGGACAAUCCAAUGUAAUAACCGCACAAGGUCGUGCUGAUCCUUUUCAAAACACAGGUAUCUCUAUCCAAAACUCAAUAAUCCAACCAGCUGUCGAUCUAAAACCUGUGGUCCGUAGCGUUAAGACGUACUUGGGCCGGCCUUGGAUGAAAUACUCGCGCACUGUGAUUCUUAAGACGUAUUUGGAUAGUUUUGUGAGUCCAGUUGGGUGGUCUCCGUGGAUCAAAGGUUCGACGUACGCUCUCGACACAUUGUUCUAUGCAGAAUAUAAGAAUAUUGGACCAGCUUCGUCGACGAGGUGGCGUGUCCGUUGGAAAGGUUUUCAUGUGCUAAAUAAAGCUUCCGAUGCUUCUGCUUUCACUGUUGGAAGAUUCAUCACAGGUACUGCAUGGCUCCCACGUACCGGCAUACCCUUCUCUUCCGGACUCUAAAGGCCGUUGUUUGGUUUUAUCAUGC